UGGACCUGCUCUUAGUUCUGCCGCCCACGAAGGGUACCUAAGCCUGGCUUAGGUUAAGAAUAAGAGCCAUGUUCCGGUGAUUGGAAGAUCGUGGUUUGGCGCUCCCAUCCUGACGCCUCGUUCAGCACGCGCCGCCGCCGUUCCCCGCUCCUCCGAGCGCCCGCGGCCCUCGUACGUGUCCGGCAACAUCUGGUCUGUCAACGGUGACGUGACGAUGAAGCCUUCCUAGACCCAGAAGAGCGGAGUCCAGCACAUGAGGCCUGUUGGUCGCGGCGAGCAUAACGACACCGCUGUUGCUGGGCGCCUUGGCCUUGGCCUUCUCGAAGAAGUCGCGGACCCUGGACUGGAGGCACCGACACUGACGAAGAGCUCGACGAACCCUGACGCCGCGCAGAAGAAGGCUACCCCGGCCUCACCAGCGACGGCACGCGCGAGCAGAGUUUUACGUGUACCCGACGGACCGAGCAGGAGACAUCCCUUGGGGAUCUUGCCACCCAGAGCCCCGCGCAGGAGAGAAAGGAAGAGGAGGUUGCCGACGAAGGUGAGGAAGCCGCCGGACCCCGCGUUCUCGCCCUCGGAGACAGAGAUGUCGACGUUGUUGGUGGCGAGGAUGUUGAUGAGGUCGAGGUUGUUGGGGACGACGACGGUGGCGCGGCGGCCGUCGACGGCGGUGAGCUGGAGGAGCCCGCCGUCCUUGGACAUAAAACAGCCAAGAAUUCACCUAUGUGCAGGCUCGAGGCGGACGCAUGUGGGGACGUGGGGUACGGGUUGUGCUCAGUGCUCGCCUGACCGGAGCGCGCCGGCGACGGCGUCCACGACCUGUGACGCGGUACGGAAGCACACCUAUCCCAGCCACGCCGAGCUAUCUCAGACAAAGUAGAGAAACUGAAUUUACCGAUUUACCGUUUACUGAAUUAAAAUAUUUAAAUUAAAAUAGGUACUGGUCCCGUCGUAUUUGGUACCGGUACUACCAAUUUGGUACUCAGUAUCUUUUCCCUGGUACCUCCUCCUAUGUUUCAACCAUUUGAUGUCGCUCGAUGGACCGUUCCUAUUUUUUUCA